CGUUCGCACCCCAGACACUAGGUGGCAGACUGAAUCUUCAGCUCUGCCCAUGGUCUGAGCUGUGGAGAGGUGGUUGUUUUGUUGACAUCGUCUCAAAACCAGCUGAAACAGAGUAUACAGCAAUGGAUCAGAAGAUUCCUUAUGAUGACUACCAGCUCCCAGUGGUGUUUUUGCCUUCAUAUGAAAACCCCCCAGCAUGGAUACCGCCUCACGAGAGGAUCCAUCAUCCUGACUACAACAAUGAACUGACACAGUUUCUGCCUCGCACAAUUGUCUUAAAGAAGCCCCCUGGAGCUCAACUGGGUUUCAACAUUCGUGGAGGCAAGGCUUCACAAUUGGGGAUAUUUAUUUCUAAGGUUGUCCCUGACUCUGAUGCACACCGAGCAGGGUUACAAGAAGGGGAUCAGGUUCUUUCUGUUAAUGAUGUAGAUUUUCAAGAUAUAGAACAUUCACGGGCUGUAGAGAUUUUGAAGACUGCAAGGGAAAUCCUCAUGAGGGUUCGCUUCUUUCCUUACAAUUACCAAAGACAGAAAGAGAGGACUGUACACUAGGUGGCACCAGAGACAUCAUAGCAGCCUUUUAAGAUAACUAUGGCAUUCAGUUCUUGAGCAUUUCACUAUCAGUUAACGCAACACGGUUAUUUACUUUUCAAGUAUCAUUUAUUAUUAUAUUCAUUCAUGUCUCUGAAUGUCUAUGGGGCAAAAUGCUAAACACUACUCUACAGUCACUAGUAUGUGGCAUUUGA